GUUCGAGCACCAAUAGCAUGCUCGGUGCGUGGUUUCGGCGCAAACCGCCCUAUAAAGCACUUACGGAAGUGAUGUAAUUCUCGCCACUCGGGAUGUUACGCUGCACACGAUACACAGCUGGCGCGGGAGGCGGUCUAGUCGCCAGCAUUGCUACAUGUCCCCUGGAUGUUAUCAAGACUAAGCUCCAGGCGCAGCAAACGCGGAGUGGUCAGAAGGGGUACCAUGGUAUAGUCGGCCUAGUCAAGAAUAUCAUCAAGCAUGACGGCAUCCGCGGUCUCUACCGUGGGCUUGGUCCGACAAUAUUGGGCUAUCUCCCGACAUGGGCGAUAUACUUCGCCGUCUAUGACGGUAUCAAGAAUCACUUCGGUGAGCGGCCGAUACAAGAAGCCCCCGCCAUGCGGCACAUAUAUCCCGCAGCUCAGGUCAAGGGAUAUCAACCACUUAAUCGCGAGCAUCCCUGGACACUGCACCUCUUCUCCGCAAUGACGGCGGGGGCAACGAGCACUCUCUGUACAAAUCCUCUCUGGGUCAUCAAAACUCGCUUUAUGACGCAAUCACGAGAAGAAGUACGGUACAAACACACUCUAGACGCGGCGUUAACAAUAUACAGGACCGAAGGCUGGCGUGCCUUCUUCAGGGGACUCUUUCCUAGUCUGCUCGGGAUAGCGCACGUCGCCGUACAGUUUCCAUUAUACGAGUUCCUCAAGGGCUGGACUAGCGAUGGAGCUCCCGAAAAACUUUCACCAGACCAAAUCCUCGGCUGCUCGUCGCUCGCAAAGAUGACAGCGUCGAUAGUGACAUAUCCACACGAGGUCCUGCGGACACGGCUGCAGACAUACCGGCUCGCGAGGAAUGCCUCGAUUGAUACCCAUGGUCGCGUGCCUGGAAUAAUCACGACCGCGAAGACAAUCGUACUCAAUGAGGGUUGGCGGGCGUUGUACCGCGGCCUGUCGGUCAACCUCGUUCGGACGGUGCCCAACAGUGCCGUCACGAUGCUCACGUACGAGAUGCUAAUGCGUCACUUGAACAAGCGGGCAGAGGAACGGCCAUGACACCAUAAUACGGGCUACACACACCAUGGACUCCCUCACAUAUAUAUUAUCCACACACUGCUUCCUCGUCGCACAACAGAGGCUCCUGUAUUGAUACUUACCCACUUUUUCUCCCGCAUAGAGUUUAAACACUUGUUCCCGCCCCAACUGCCCCUGCGUGCGCUAUGCAUCCCCUCGUUCAAUGUAUUCCCCCCGGUGUAUCCUCAGGGCCCUCUCCUUUAACGCGCACUGCUGUUACACGCUAAGCAUCACGCUUCCUACCGUAAUCAUUGACGGCUUUUAAACCAGUGUAUAAUUUGAACCUAGUGCUUUGAACCUUAGUGACACUGUC